AUUUUAGUUGCUUCUAUUUUUUGAAACACAUAAUUGUUGUUACGUGACACCUUUUCCUUCGAGCUUCUGCAGCAAUCUGAGUCAUUGUGAAAGAUAUACCGGCCCUGCUGGGUAGUGUUCUUGUUGUUGUUUACUGUAUUUACACUUUCCCUUGAAUUUACAAACGGUAGCGUUUGGAAAUCAAGUGUGAAUUGUCGGAAUCCUAGAAUGGAAAAGCUUUUGCUGAGACUGUUUGGUGACACACUUCCCUUUGUAUAGCAUGCUCAGUUUCACAACUCCUGGCCUACUAUAAAUCGUAUUCUUCACAAUGGCCGACUCAAGCGCAGACAACACCUCUCAGCGAGAAGAGGAGCUGGAUGUUCUUUCUUCCAUCUACCCAUCCUCGCAAUUCCAACGUGUUCCUGGAGAAUACGCUGGUGUAUGCUACGCAUCACCUGAUUUAGAUGAUGGAAUAAUGGUGCAGUUCACUGAAAAGGACGAUCAGCCAUCAUCGCCUUCGCGUUUCUCAGACCUGUCGUUGUCACAUUUACCGGACAUCGCGCUGACGUUUCAGCUACCAGAGACCUACCCAGAAACAACAGGCCCUGAGUACACGCUAGCCUGCAAAUGGCUUACUCCACAACAGCUCACUAAAGUUUGUCAGAAGCUCGAUGAACUGUACUUGGAAGUUUGUGAUGCCAUUAUUUUCAAUUGGUUGCAGUUCUUGCGUGAUGACGUCUUGGACUUUUUGUCCAUGACGGAGAAGCGUGGAGAUAGCAUGUAUAUGACUGUGAGUGUACUGCCGUCACGUGCCGGUAAGAAUGCUGCCGCUGCUGCUGCUGAUGGUGUGGAUAUGCGUGCUUGCCAAGAUGUUGGAUCUAUUGCUCAGCUUCACCGUGCCAUGCGUGCGCAUAACGAGGAUCAGCGGGCCGUGGCCUUUGCCAGUGCCUACCAUGACUGUGAAGUGUGCUUCAUCACACAGCCUGGCGAGAAAUGCAUCCAGUUCUUGCCCUGCCACCAUGCCUUCUGCAAAGAGUGCAUGAAGUCCUACUUUGAGGUGCAGAUAGCCGAGGGAGCGGUCACUUCUCUCCAUUGUCCUGCCGGCAAGUGUGAGAGCCAGGCUCUUCCCACACAGGUGCAAGCGUUGGUCUCACAGGAGCAGUACGGGAAAUACGAGCGUCUCCUGCUGCAGCGUGGCCUGGAGUCGAUGGAGGAGAUAGUCCUGUGUCCGGCCAGGAUUUGCCAGCAGCCGGUCGUGAAAGACGGCGGCGACUCCAACAUGGCCACGUGUGCUGCAUGUAAGCUUUCGUUUUGCAUACUGUGUCGCCGCGUGUGGCAUGGUGUCAAUCCUUGCUCGGUCAGCAACUCUGAGAAGGCCAAGCUGGUCAAGAAAUACCAGUCGGGAACAAAGGAAGAGCGGGCUGCUCUUCUUAAGGUAUAUGGCUCUAGAAUCACGCGUUAUGUGGAGGAGUCCAUCAGUGAGGAGUGGCUGACGGAGAACUCCAAGGCGUGCCCGUCGUGUGGCUCUCACAUUCAGAAAACAGAAGGUUGCAACAAGAUGACAUGCAGACGGUGCCGCAAUAAUUUCUGCUGGAUGUGUCUGGCCAACUUGAACCGUCACAAUCCCUACUCUCAUUUCAGCCAGCAGGGAAGUCCAUGUUACAAUCGUUUAUUUGAUGGCAUGCUGGAUGAAGAUGGUGAGCAGGACUGGUGGGUAGGCGCUGAAGAGAUCAUGGAAGAAUAGCUGGCUCACCAGCUGAUGUGCCUCAAGGUCCCUUCUUGAUGACUUCUACUGAUUCCAAAAUUGCGCAGGACCAGCUGGCAGCAACAAUGUACCAUAGGGCAUAGCACAUUGCUCAGAAGUUCUAGUUUGUGUGUGUGUGUGUGUGCAUGUGUGCAUGCAUAUGUGUGUGUGUGUGUGUGUGUGUGUGUGUGUGUGUGUGUCCUUCACUUCUUGGGAGUUAGUGUUCCAGGCUAGUGCACUAGGGCCAUUCUACGUAAGUUAUAUUUCUGGCAUUCUCGUCUCGACAUUUGCUUUUUUACCCUAUGUGUGUGUGUGUGUGUGUGUGUGUGUGUGUGUGUGUGUGUGUGUGUGUGUGUGUGUGUUUGUGCAUAUUGUUUUCUUAUUUCGUCUGGCUAAAGCAUUGCCUAUCUGUGGAUAUCCAUUGUUGUGUUUAUUGUAAACCAUUGUAUAAUGGUGUGGUGUUGUUUUGCGCAUCUUAUCGAAUCUCUGCCUGUCUUUUGACUGGGCGUUAGCUUUGUGUAGCAGUAUUAUUUCCUUAUUCAACUCUUUUUUUAACCCUUGCAGAAGUUCACUCAAUGUCUUCUGCAGUUGUCUUGAGUUUUUACGUACUCCAUUCAAAUUGGUUUCCUCUCAGUUCGCUGUUUAUGUAUAUAUUACAUGUCCUAGUAUGUGCGCACAACUUCAGUGCGCAGACCUGACAUUCCGUGCAACGCUUGGUCUGCAAUUCUGAAUUUGUCUGUUUUCGUCAUCCAGCUUGGUCUGCCCAUCGUUCUGCUUAUGUAUGUGUAUCUACUUCAUAGGUGCACACAUCUCCUUGGCCUUGGUGCAACUGCAUGUACUGGCGGUACUGGA